AUGACUACAACGCCGCCCCCGGAGAAUUUCAUUGGUAACAUCUGUGCCGCGCUGGACUCAGACCGGAGAGUCAUACUCGCUGCAGGGAGCAGUCAGCUUUUCCCGGCAUUCGUGGCUCCAGCGAUGAAAGCUGUGAGUUUAGUCUUUCCGGUCGUGCAAGAAGACCUCCUCUCAGGGCUGCUCCUCUACUACACAGAUCAAACCCGAAACCUUUCUCCCGAAUUGAUCCGUUCCAAAAUGUCAAGUUUUAGCGAUGCUCGCCUCCCCUUCAACUGGAGUGGGAUUUUUCGCCUGAAUGCCGAGGCGUCUGGCUCCACGACUCGCCUUUGUUUUCAAGUUCCGGUAUUCCUUCCCAGAUACAGGCGUUCGCACUCUGCCGUCUUUGUAUAUACCGACCAAGGUUCACCUCUGCUCGAGCCGAACAGUUCAGUUUGGCUAACUGGAGAAGUUCUAGCAAGAAGCAAUAUAAACGAUACGGUCAUUCUGGUCAACCGUGCCUCUGUGGUGCUCUUGGACCUUUACGCCUCACAGCUUCCGGCUCCAUUGCAUGUGGUGACUGUACUUAGCCGGGGUCACGUAGUGCGUAGUGAUCGUCGUAUCGUGGAAGCAGUGGGUUACGAUCGAUGGAUUGUCAUGGCAAUGCAUAAUGCUUGGGACAAUAGUCUAGGGAGAGUUGUGAAUUUUACUGUGGCUUAUGAAGCAAGUCUAGGCCUGGUGUCAAGAGUCGGCCUAGAAUCAUUUAACGUCGGCAAUGUGGUGAAUUUCCGGGGCGAAGUCUCAAGCUACCUGCAUCAAAGCCGGAACUGGAUGAUUGAGCUCCGAGACGCUCAAGUCGUAGGUACCGCGGAGCGUCGGCCCGCAUUCGACGCGCGUCGCGCAGGCGGUAUUGGUUCCAGGGUGUUGAAAGUUUGGCACUUGUCUGACCUUUAUGACUUGUUCUUUGUACUAUGCAAACCAAAGCUGUACGGAUGUGUACGUUUGUAA